UACGCCAUCCUCGGGAAGCAUCAGAGAUCUUUCCCUCUUUUUUUUUUUUUUUUUUUUUUAAAUAUUGUAUUACGUGAAAGUCAGAACACAGCUUAACGUUAUUUAGAUAUGUAUGCAGCUAAGAUUGGCUGAGUUUCAUUUACCUUGCUGUUGUGGUACAGCUUCGCAUUGCCGGAGCUUUUUUUUUUAAGAGAAGUUAGCUGAAUAGCUAAAUGCUAACCAGCUUCAGCUGCUUAAAAAUGUUCAAAGCCAAAAUACUCUUUGUUGGCCCCAACGAGAGUGGGAAAACAGUUCUUGCAAACUUUCUCUCAGACACAACAGAAAAUGUGGGAGGUGAAUACAGACCUACUCAAGGAGUCAGGAUACUGGAAUUUGAAUCACAGCCUGAGGGCAGCAGUGACAAGACAUGUGAGGUUGAGCUUUGGGACUGUUCAGGGGAAUUCAAAUUUGAAUCAUGCUGGCCUGCGCUCAUGAAGGACUCCAGUGGUGUGGUGAUCAUUUUUAACCCAGAUGUCCCGAGUCAUCUCAAAGAAAUCGAGACUUGGCAUUCGAUGUUCAUCUCCUCUCAAGGUCUGCAGGACAGCCAGUGUCUACUCAUAGCUCAUCACAAGCCCGGCAGCGGAAUAGAAGACGGACGACUGCCUUUAGCAUCACAUCUGAGCAAACUGCUGCUCAUUCACUCCAACCUGGAAGAGGAACCAGAGGAUGUGAGGCAAGCUUUCUGCAGAUACCUGGGGAAUGUCAUAAAUACAAUGUCGGAGAGUCGGGAGCGAGAGGAGAUGUCCAUCAUUACAUAGCAGUAGGAUCUAUUAAAUAUGCAGUCCAGACGAAGAUAUGUUUUGAUGCCAUCUGCAGUGCUUCUCAUUUUUAAUUUAUUAAUAUACGUUUUCACUUUGAAUUAGUCACAAAUGUUAACAUUUUAUGCAUUAGGUGUAGAAAAUAUAUUUGGUUUCUUGUAUUUUGUAAAUAUUUCAUGAAUAAAAUACGAUCCAGUUCAGUCUGAAAA